CCUUCGCAUUCUUCUGUUUCUUUGCUCUUUCUCUUCUUUUUCUCUUCAGCCAAACAUCAAAACAGCCGUUUCCCGAGACACUUUAGCGAAAUGGGUGACAAGAAGAAAAAGACUUUUAUGUUUAUCCGUCUUGUAUCGGCUGCUGGGACCGGAUUCUUUUAUGUGAAGAGGAAAAGUGCUAAGAAAGUGGCUGAGAAACUCGAGUUCCGCAAGUAUGAUCCCCGGGUAAAUCGCCAUGUUCUUUUCACAGAACAAAAGAUGAAAUAAGGGAACCUGUUGUGUUCCAGCUUUUCUGUUCUCGUCCAGUCUUUCUAUACGUAUGCAGUACAUACUGUUUUUUGCAUAGAUGACGCCAAAAUAUU